CGGCGACUAGUAACCUUGGAUGGCUAAAGUUAGGUUACGUAGAGGUAACGUAGUUAUUAUCCUAGUUUACAAACGAUGAUACAAGUUUAAGGGUUAAAAAAGGUUAUAAGAAUGCCCCAAAGUAACGCUCAAGUGGACCGUUUCGUGGACAAUCUAAUAGAAGAUGAAGUUGAGAGAGAGGCACUUCUUGCCAAACCCACCUGCUUCAUCAUCGUUGGAAGACCGGGUGUUGGCAAAUCCACUUUGGCUAAGAAAAUAGCAGAGUCCUGGAAGUGUAUCUUGAUAGAUGAUACAGAUCUGCUCAACACACACAUUCAAAAUAAAACAAAGGAUGGCAUAGAGCUGUUGAAUAUCUUAUCUGAGGGGAGAGGUGUCCCAGAAGACAUGGUGAUCCAGCUGAUUAUUGCCAGGCUUAACACACCAGAUGUGGAGCACUAUGGGUAUGUACUGAGCUGCCUGCCGUUCAUGUCGGAAGAGUGUCUGAAGAUUCACGAGCAGCUCGAGCUGAUCAAAAACCUCAAACUAAAACCGGAUUUCAUCAUCAACAUCAAGUGUGCAGACAAGGACCUGAUCCAUCGGCUGUCAGGUCUGAAGCAGCACCCAGAGACAGGGCAGCUGUACAGCAGGGAGCCGUGGAAGCGUGAGGAGUUGUUUAACAAGAAGAGGGACAACAAGGACGAGGAAGUGGAGGAUGAGGAUGAAGAAAAGCAGGCCGUGGGAGAAGAACUCCAAAAGGAUAUAAUUGACCAAAUGGUGUGGACACCUGAGAAUUUGGCCACAAAUGCUUUUCAUAGAAUCAACAUGUACAAGAAUACGAUGCUCAGACCACUGGAGGACUACAUGACAGACCACAACCCCCUCUACCUGUUGGAGCUGGAUGGAAAUAACACACCUGAAGAGCUGCACUUGUCUGUAAUGUCCCGUCUUGGAUCGAUGGCAGUAAAGCCUGUUUCCAUUCCAGUCCUCCUCCACCAGGCUGAUGAUGAAGAAUUACCAGAAGAAGUUGACACGGAGGACCUAUUGAGAAUGAUGUUCUCCUCCCGAACAGUGUCCCAGGGCUUUGGAUGGGGGAGGAGUCGCUGGGGCCGAACUUGUCCUGUGGCUCUGAGGGAGGGCAAGGUCAUUCCUGGCAAGCCUAAAUUAUCUGUAGGCUUUCAAGACAAAGUGUACAUCCUGUCAUCUCAGGAGGCCUACCAGAAGUUUGUCACAAACCCCCGACGGUACUUACUUCCUCCGAUGCCCAGGCCCCCUUGCAGAGUUUCCAUCAUUGGACCUCCACAGGCAGGGAAGAGCACUCUCUGUAAGCUUUUAGCUCAGCACUACAACGCAUUGGUGAUUGAUAUGGAGGCAUUGGUGCAGCCGGUUCUGGCCAAGGUUGAGCAGGAGAGGCUUGACAAAAUCAAAGAGGAAACAACACAUGUCGCUAUAGAGAAAAUAAAGAUGAAGAUGGAGCAGAAUACAGAUGAAACCAAUUCUGUGGAGGUGACAGAGGAUCAUUCAGAGGUACAAUCCAUUGUGCUCACUGCGCUGGAAGAAGCCAAACAUAUGAGCACUUCUCCCUUGAGCCUGUAUGUUGAGGUACUGAAGAAACAUGUAAAAGAGAUUGAAGAGGCUGGCACUGAUGCAGAUGUCAGGACUGGCUGGGUACUUGACAACUUCCCCAAGAACGUUUCCCAAAUGAACUCCUUACAGCAAGCUGGAAUCUUGCCAGACAUCGUCUUCUGUCUCAGAGACAGUGAUAGCAAUCUGGUUUUGAACAGAUUGUAUGAGACAAACAAGGAGAGCGUGGACGAAGCAGUAAGGAAGAGGUUGCAGGACGAACAAUCAGAGAAGGAGAAACGGGCUUUAAGCCAGAAGGAGCCAGAUUUGGAGGGAGAAGCGAAGCAUGCAGAGCUGCAAACAAAUCUAGACACAGUUGCGGAAGAGAGCGAAGCUGCGGUACUACCUGAUCAUUGGGACUCGGGUUAUCCAGACAGCCCGGAGAUGAACGAUUAUAAACUGCAACUGAAACAAUUUUUGUCCGAAUGGGAACAAAUGCAGUCCGCUUUAGCUGUCGCUCACUCGUCACUGGAGAUAGGCGACAAAAGCCCCGAAGAACUGCUUCAAGAGAUGGUCCUUCAGAUGGAGAAACCCUUUGAGUAUGUGUCCUGGGAACUGUCAGCAAUGGACCUGGAAAAGGAGGAUAUGGGGGAGCUGGAGAGGUCCGAGGAAGGCAGCAGUGACAAUGGCACAGUAGAGGAGGAGGAUGAAGGGGACACAUCAGUCAAGAGAUUCUUAGGCGAUACUCUUCAUUUCUGCCCUGUGGCCUUAAAAAAACGCAACAUCCUGUGGCCCUGUACGGAUGAAAUUGGCGCCAAGUACCGUGAGAAGACCUUCUUCUUCUCAAGCCAAGAAGCCAGGGAGUCCUUCCUUCAGAACCCUGCAGCGUUUGUUACACAGACUGCACCUCUCAAGCCUCCUGCCCUGCGGAUCUUUUUGCUUGGCACCCGAGGGUCAGGCAAGACCACUCAUGGUGGGUGGCUCGCUCAGCAGCUCGGCAUCUUCCAUAUUCAGUUCAGGGAGCAACUCCAAAUGCUGAUUAUGGCCAAGACAAAGAAGCGGGUACUUUCUACGGAUGAGGUAGAUUCUUCAGAGGAGUCUUCUGAAGACUUGCGGGCCCUGAUAGAGGAAGUCAGGGGGAAGGACGAGAAGGAGACGGAGGAAACCUCUGCCAACGAGGUUGACAUUGAGCAGGAAGAGGUUCUGACUGAUGAGGAAAAGGCCAUCAAAGCCUACCUGUCUGAUGGAGAUCCACUGACUCCACAGAUCCUGGAUACAGUUAUUGCACCAUACUGGAAACAGGAACCAUACAUGUCAACAGGUUUUAUUUUGGAGGGCUUCCCUCACGAUUCCGAUGAGGUGCAGUACAUGUCGCAGCGGCAGCUUUUCCCUGACCAUGUGGUAAUUAUGUUGGUGGAUGUCACGGAUGUUCAAAAGCGCCUGUUGCCGGCAUCCCUGGAGAGCUGGCGUGAGCGCCACAACCACCGUGAAGCGCAGCUGAACCUCCUUCGGGAUCUACGCAAGAAGAACCAGGAGGAGAACGUUGCAAAGAGAAGGGCUGAACUCACAGAGGCAGCCAAAACAAAGUUGAGAUAUCGUGAUGAUGAGGAAGACGACGAAGAGGAUGAAGCUGCAGGAAACAUAGAGGAUGAGAUAGAGGCCACGCUGGAGGAGGAGUUCCCUUUAGAAGAGGAUAAUGAAGACAUGGAGAGUGAGGAGACUGAGGAGGCAGCGUCCGAGAGGCUGGAGAUGGAGAUUGCAGAGCGUUAUGUGACAGAUGAAAACAACCUCGAUAUUGUGACGGAGCUCUUGAAUGAUCUAAACAUAUCCAAAAUGUUAAUCAGUGCAUCUCGCAAGCUCCGGAUCAUGCGGCAUCAGCUGCUCCAGAAAAUCCAGCCCCUGCUGACCAACAGGGAGUCACUCUUCCAGAAAUGCCAACCCAUCUCAUACAGCCUGGCACAUAAGCUGCUGCUCUCUUCCUAUAAGCUCCACAGUGCCUUUGGCUGCUGGGAUCCCAUAAAGCAAUACAAAGAGAGAGAUUUGAUCCAGCCUCUGCAGUGGCCCCUCAAUGCCACACAUCCCCUGAUCUUCCAUCAGUAUAUCUACUUCUUUGCGUCUAAGGAGAACCGCAACACAUUUAUGCUGAACCCCUUAAAGUACCUCAGGCAGCCAAAGCCCACCCUGUCCCUUCCUGUUAAAAUAGCUGUUGUUGGACCACCUAAAUCUGGAAAAACCACUGCGGCGCAGACGUUCGCUCAGAGAUAUGGCUUGGCCCGUCUGUCCAUUGGAGGGGUUAUGCGUAUGGUGCUUAACAAUUAUGAGCACACUGAUCUGGCUGUCCAGAUGAAAAAGCAUCUCUCCCAGGGACUCAUUGUGCCUGAUGAACUGGCCAUCCAGUGUCUGGAGGUGGCACUCAUGAGCUCGGUCUGCAGCACUCGAGGGUUUGUGUUGGAUGGCUUUCCGAAGACACUUAAGCAGGCUGAGCUGAUGGGAUCUCGGAGCAUCAUCCCCAUGAUAGUAGUUGAGCUGGAGCUGGACACAGUGGAGGUGCUGAAGAGAGGCUUUCUGGACAAGAUGAAGCCCGACAAGAUUCACCUGAUGCACGACAGCUCAGAGAUCCUCCACAUUAAUAACUCCUGUUACAAGCAGGAGAUGGAGCAUGUGAGGAAACACUUCCAACAACAAUAUCAGAACUGGAUCCUGCUCGAUGGUUUAAAGAGCAAAUGGUGGAUCUGGAACAGCAUUAUAAAGGAGGUCAGCUUCAGCAUGAAAUAUAUCCACAGCUACCUGGAGAGGACGCGCAGCAGGCAAGCAGCCUGCGUCAACAGACUGUGCAUCACACCCAAGGAGCUGCAGUAUCGGCUCGGGGAGUUUGGUCAGUACUGCCCCGUCUGCCUGGCUCUACAUCAUCACCUGGUGGACCGCUCAGACAUCGCAGCUUUAACUCACGCAGCUGAGUACAGGGGACAGUAUUACAAGAUGUGUGGCGAAGACCAUUUAGAGCGGUUCCUGAACACUCCAGAUCAGUUUGUGGCUCCUGACUGCCCACACACUCUCCCACCACCUGAUCUGCUGCCAAGUAAGAUAACUGAGAGCCAGGUGAAGAACAGGUUCCCACAGCAAGUUGAGAUGAAGGGAUUCUGCUCGGUCACUUAUCUGGAUGGAAAGCAAAGGUAUGAAGCUCUGGUUCGAGGAAAGAUGCAAUAUGCUGUUGAAUACAGAGAGAGGAUCUACAUUUUUGAGACAAAGCAGAAACAGGACAAGUUUUUGAGGAUUCCUGAAACCUACUGGGACCAGAAGCUGCCCAGUAAAGUUCCUCCGCUUUGUGAACCUGUACCUCUCACCUCCCUUCCAACGUUGGGCUACCUGGAACAGGGUGUGGCAGUAUCAGUCAUCAAGGCCAUGACAGCUGUUGGGUGUCUCAAACCAAAGUAUCCUUUCCUCAGUAUACAAAGAUCAUCACUCCUCUAUGUGGCCUUCUAUCUGAAAGCUUUCAACCCCGAGAGCACAGACUACAGCCGCCAGAAGUACAAAAAGAAGCUGGCCUCGUUUGAAGAGAACUGUGCGCUCAUUCCCUACUUGAGCUCAACAAUGAGAGGGAACUACAGGCCUCCCAGUGAACGUCCUAUUGACUUUGAGUUCAAACUGAAUAGAUUCCUGGACUUGAGAGACUUGCCGGGUGCCAACAGUGUGCUGUAACUGUGUCUGCUUUGAAAGCUUAACUAUUGCCUGCUAUUUAAAAUUGUGUGCAGAACUGUGUGACAACAAGGUCAUUAGAAAGCAACCUGCUGGAAAAGUUUAUUGUAUCACGAGCUGCAUGCAAUAAAACAU